CGCGCGAGCGGUUGCUCACUAUGGGCGGAGACGAGUUGCGCGGUAGCGACGACGAGGAUCUGACGAUGUUUGGCUCCAAGUUUGCCGCCAACGAUCCCGAAGCGCACGGCCGCGUCAUCGAAGUCCGGCCCAAGACGCGCACUCGAAAGAUCUGGACGGCAAUCACUUGGCUUCUUACGUUCUGGAUUCCUUCGUUUUGUCUGAAUUGGGUAGGUCGCAUGAAGAGACCUGAUGUGCGCAUGGCUUGGAGAGAAAAGGUUGCCAUCUGCAUCCUUAUUGUCUUCCUCAACGCCGCCUUGAUCUUCUAUAUGGUUGGUUUACGACUGAUCCUAUGCCCUGAUUACGACGACGCCUACAGCGCAGAGGAAGUCAGCUACCAUACUACGUCAAAUGACUUUUACGUCAGCAUCCACGGAAAAGUUUACGAUAUCAGUAAAUUCUGGAAACUGCAGCAUUCCGACAAUGGCGUGGACACGACCACGUCAACCAUGGAAGUUUUCGCCGGCCUGGAUCUCAGCAACUAUUUUCCUCCCCCGCUGACGGUGGUCUGUUCCGAUCUCGUCACGGACGAGUCCGUCUAUCUCUAUGAUAACACCACCGUCACCUACUCCACUGCCGUACACUGGUCCGGUCCUAAACUCCAGUCCGACGAGGACUCGGCUCUCUAUGACAUCAGCUGGUACAAAAGCACCUUCCUCCCAAAGAUCAAGCAGUACUACAAGGGUGACCUUGUCGUGAAGAAGAGCACCGUCGAGAGCUAUGGCGAGAACGGAUACGACAACUGGGCGAUCAUCGACGGCAAGAUCUAUGACCUGACAAACUACUUUUACACAAUCGACUUGUAUCCCUCGUCAGAGAGUGACUCGUAUGCGGUCUACGACUUUUUAGACUCGGACGUCAAGCAAUUGUUUUCAGACUACCCCGGCCAAGACAUCACAGACUACUUCUACGACACAAGCACGAUCUCAGCAUCCACGGCCGCCAAAAACCUCAAAUGUCUCAACGGCGCAUUCUACGCCGGCAAGGUCGACUUCAGAGAGUCUGCGCGCUGCACGGUGUCAAACUACAUCCUGCUCGCGAUGGCGGGCGUGCUCUGUUUUGUGAUUCUGUUCAAGUUUAUAAUGUCGCUCCAGUUCGGCAGCAAGCCGAUGCCGACGAUGCAGGACAAGUUUGUGAUUUGCCAGAUUCCGGCGUACACUGAAGGAGAAGACGAGCUCCGACGGGCGAUUGACUCGCUCACGGCGUUGCAGUACGACAACAAGCGCAAGCUGCUGUUCAUCAUCUGCGACGGUAUGAUUAUCGGUUCUGGAAACGAAAAGCCGACGCCGAAUAUCGUGCUCGAGUUGCUCGGCGCCGAUCCGAGACUCGAUCCUCCCGCGCUUCCGUUUAGGUCUGUUGGCGAGGGCUCGGCGCAGUUGAAUUACGGAAAGGUGUACUCGGGACUGUACGAGUUUGAAGGUAACGUCGUUCCGUACGUUGUGGUCGUCAAGGUCGGCAAGCCGACCGAGAAGUCCCGGCCCGGAAACAGAGGUAAGCGAGACUCACAGAUCUUGCUGAUGGACUUUUUGAACAAGGUCCAUUUCCAGGCGGCCAUGUCUCCCUUGCAGCUCGAGAUCUUUCACCAGAUCAACAACGUCAUUGGAGUCGACCCCGAGCUGUACGAGUAUGUGCUCAUGGUCGAUGCGGAUACCUCUGUCAUGCCUGAUUCUUUAAACCGUCUCGUGGCAAAGUGCGUGCAGGACAGUCGCAUCGCUGGUAUUGCUGGUGAGACAAGUCUGACGAACCAGGAGAAGAGUUGGUGGACGAUGAUCCAGGUGUUUGAGUACUACAUCUCGCAUCACCUGUCAAAGUCCUUUGAGAGUUUAUUCGGCAGCGUCACCUGUCUUCCGGGUUGUUUCUCAAUGUACAGACUGCGCACGGCAGACAAAGCCAAGCCGCUCAUCAUCGCAAACGCAGUCUUGGAAGCCUAUUCCGACGGCGACGUCAACACUCUCCACAAGAAGAAUCUGCUGUCGCUCGGCGAAGAUCGUUUCCUCACCACCCUGAUGACGAAGCACUUCCCGCGUAUGCGCUACGUCUUUGCCUACGACGCGCACGCAGAAACCGACGCCCCGGCAAGCUGGAGCGUUCUUCUUUCACAACGCCGCCGCUGGAUCAACUCGACGAUCCACAACCUCGCCGAGCUCGCGUUCCUGCCGGAUCUCUGUGGCUUCUGUUUGUUUAGCAUGCGCUUCGUGAUCGUCAUGGAUCUGUUUGGUACGCUCAUGUUGCCGAGUGUGAUGGUCUAUAUGGUUUAUAUUAUCUACAAGGCCGUCGUGGAUCCGACUAAUUUCCCGCUGAUUUCUGUCUGUAUGAUUGCCGCGAUUUAUGGCAUCCAGGCGCUUGUGUUUUUGCUCAGACGGCAGUGGCAGCAGAUUGGUUGGAUGGUCAUCUAUCUUCUAGCCUACCCGAUCUACUCGUUCGUACUCCCAGUCUACUCCUUCUGGAACCAAGACAAUUUCAGCUGGGGAAACACCCGAAUCGUCGUCGGCGAGCGCGGCAACAAAGAGAUCAUCGCCAUCAACGACGAAGGCUUUGACGAACGCUCGAUUCCUCUGCAAACAUGGGAAGAAUACGCCACGCACAAUAACCUCCCCGGUCGCGUUCGUCCACACAUCAUCCCCUCCGUCGGAAGCGAGAAAGCCCCCGGCGUGAUGUACACCAGCGAAAUCAUGAAGGAAGAAAGCUACGAGAUGGAAGACAUGCGCUCCGUCUACUCGUCCUAUCCCCCGCCCGCGAUGUCGGUCUACAGCGGCGUCCAAAACACUCCGCACCCGCAAUCCCAGUACGGAGGCCGGCCGGGCUCGGUCGCGUACGGAUACAGCGCUCCCUCGCCGGGUGCAUACGCCCCGCACCCCGGCUACGCGGCCUCGCAGUACGCGCCUAGUGUCGCGCCGAGCGCGUACACGAUGGGCACGCAGUACCAGCAGCGGCCGCAGCCUAUGUCGGGCAUGACCUUGUAUCAGCAGCAAAACGUCCUGCUCGAUCAACAAAGACAGGCAGGCUAUGACGGCCGCAGCACGCCGUAUGGUCGGUAAAGACCUGUUGAAGUUUAAUCAUUCGUUUUUGUUUAUUUGCGUAGAUAUAUUGAGACGUGGCACGGCUUACGAUUUGUUUCUUACUUUGUUUAUAAUUGCAAUCCAUCAGCUAUGAA